UGCAAUACUGCUAAUUUUUGGGUUUUUUCUUGCCAGUCUCGGAGGAGGAAGGGUAAGAGAACUUUUGCGCUCUGUUAGAGAGCAUUUUUAGUGUUUUUAUUUGAUACAUCAUUUAAAUAGAUACUUUUCAAGGAUCUAAAGAGUAAAUAUCUACUUCACAAAUCAAAAUGGCUGAUAGGGAUGCAGAGUUUGAUUUGAAGAGCAGCAGCAGCAUCAGGCAUUGGAGUGGACAUGUCCAGCCUGCUUUCGUUGCCUUGGUUGUUUUUCUUUUCUGUCUGGAAGGCUGUCUGUGGGUCAGGAACCUUAAACUCAAGAGGAGACUGCCGGGACCUUUUGCUUGGCCUGUGGUCGGCAACGCCUUACAGCUGGGACAGAUGCCUCAUAUCACCUUCGCCAAGCUUGCUAAGAAAUGUGGGGAUGUGUAUCAGAUCUGCUUGGGCUACACCAAUAUCGUGGUCCUGAAUGGAGCCCAGGUGAUCAGAGAGGCCCUGAUACAGCACAGCACAGAGUUUGCAGGGAGGCCAAACUUUGUGUCCUUUCAGGCUGUAUCAGGGGGAAAGAGCCUGACUUUCACUAAUUACAGCAAACAGUGGAGGAUGCACAGAAAAUUUGCUCAAACUACAAUCCGAGCAUUCUCAUCUUCCAACAGCCAUACCAAAAAAGCUUUUCAGCAUCAAAUUGUGGCUGAGGCCAAAGAACUAGUAGAGAUUUUCCUUAAACUCAGCAGUCAAGGCCAGUAUUUCAACCCCGGUCAUGAGCUGACAGUAGCUGCUUCUAAUGUGAUUUGUGCCCUGUGCUUUGGAAAACGCUAUGGACAUGAUGAUGUUGAGUUUAGAGCCUGGUUGCAUCAUGUAGAUCAGUUUGGACAGACAGUGGGUGCUGGAAGUUUGGUGGAUGUCAUGCCGUGGCUUCAGUCGUUCCCGAAUCCAGUCCGAAGUGUUUUCAAGACCUUUAAAUGGUUAAAUCAAGAGUUCUUCAAUUUUGUCAAGAGCAAAGUGGAGGAGCACAGGCAGACCUUUGAUCCACAGCACAUAAGGGAUAUGAGUGAUGCCAUUAUAGAAGUCAUUUAUGAGUCUAAUGGUGACACAGAGCUCACCAAAGACUACACAGAGGCAACAGUGGCAGAUUUGAUUGGUGCAGGAAUGGACACUGUCUCCACUGCUCUCCACUGGAUUGUUCUGUUGCUGGCUAAGCACCCUGACAUUCAAACCAAACUGCAUGAGCUCAUUGACAAGGUGGUGGGACGAGGCAGGCUGCCAUCUGUUGAGGACAGAGUAUACAUGCCUUAUCUGGAUGCCUUCAUAUACGAGACAAUGCGUUUCACCAGCUUCGUCCCUGUCACCAUCCCCCACUCAACCACCUCAGAUGUCACUGUGGGAGGUUUCAACAUCCCCAAAGACACCGUGAUCUUUAUCAACCAGUGGUCUGUCAAUCAUGACCCCCUGAGGUGGAAAGACCCGCAUGUCUUUGACCCCUCCCGCUUCCUAGAUGAAAACGGCUCCCUGGAUAAGGAUCUGACAAACGAUGUUAUGAUCUUCUCAGCAGGGAAGAGGAGAUGUAUUGGGGACCAAGUUGCAAAGGUUGAGGUUUUUUUGUUCUUUGCAAUCCUGCUCCAUCAAUGUACCUUUGAAAAAUGCCCAAAUGAGGACUUCACUCUUAACUGCAGUUAUGGUUUAACACUGAAGCCUUUAGAUUACAAAAUCACUGCCAAACUUAGAGGAUAAUUGUAAAUAACAAGUAAAAACCUUUCGAUAAAACAAGAAUGUGAACUAACCAUUUCUAUUUUUAAUAUAACAUUCUAAAAAUACAAUAAUCUUUAACUAACCCCUGAAAUGACACAGUUUAGAUUAUGUGUAAGAAAAGCUUAAUUUAAGAUGGAAAAUAUCAAGAUCAAAAUUCAAUUCCACAAUUAAAAUUAAACAUGAAAUAUAAUAUACACUACUGGAAAAGUCCCCAUAACACAAAAAUAAUCCAUAAUAGUGAUUAAUGCACCUCAGGAAAAUCUUGUUUUCCAUUUUGAGGAGUUAUUCAGAUGUUUGUUUAUCUCUUAGUGAUUAAAAACAAACAUCAAACAUCAAUAAGAAGCAUUGUUGAUGUAAGAGUUUGCUUAAAUUUUAUUUUGGUGAAUGUUAAGUAUUUCUGAGUGGAAAUUAUGUAGGUUUUACAGCAGCAAGAAAAAUAAAUAACUUAAUAUUUUAAAGUCUUUAAAACUGACUUACUGAACUAAAUCAUUUGGGUAAUUUGCUUUGUCCCCCUAUGUUAAUAAGAAACAAAAAACAGCAUUUGGUUUUUAAUUAAGGCAUAAAAUGUUACUGAAGCAGAAAUUAACCUUGUAAUUGUAAUGAAGCUUUUCCCUGACAAACACAGCUAAGAUGUGUUGGUCAUUAACAACGACUGACUCUUUGUUAACAAGCUCAGCUAGCUAGCAAAUUUGAUGUUAGCAUUAACGCUGUUAGUUAACUAGCUAAAGUUGAAUACAAAUGUAAAUUGUUGCUCCAUUCUUUCAUAGCCACAAGUCCUAUAACAGUUUUUAACUUUUACUAAGUUGAUACAAACUCAUACUCAUCAACAAAAUUAUAUCAUUGAUUAAAACUUACACACUGAAAAAUGUCCUUUUGUAUUGUGUAUGAGCACCCAUGUACUCUCAAAUCAUACAUAAAACUUGUGUGUUCCUUAAUGAAUUUAUGUAUCCUGUGAAAAAGCAACUAGUUAGACAGUGGGUCUCUCUGCAUUCUUUAUCUAUUACAUGUAGUAAUUACAAUAUUAUUACAUAUAUUAAGCUACUCAAUAAAUCUGUCAAUGCAUAUGUUAUUGACCUACUAACUGGUCUACAGAGUUGAACUAAUAAAAGUUAAAAUAAUAAAAUCUAUAUUCGUGUGACUAGUGACUUAAAUGUACAAUAAUAAACAUAUUGAAUUGUUUUAUAUAAUCUUUUAUCAGCAGCCUUGUGGAGAGUAUGUGAACAAUGUUGCUCUCUAUGUUUUUGUUAUUUGUAUUAUAGCUAACAGCCAUUGUACACUCAGUUUACUUUUUUUUCUUCUUCAAGGAACCUAACAGUGUGAAUUGUUUGCAUUUAUAUAGGGGUUUUCCUUUUUUAAAUAUUUGAUAAAAGUUUGAACAAUGGACAUAUGCUAUUUUAACACUUAUCAUCUUGUUCUUAAGGCCAAUACAUACUCUGCAGGAGCAAAGAGAUUUGUUCUUUUACCCGAGGCUGCAACAAAGUGCUGGCCAGGAUAUUUCAUACUUCUUAUGAACUCAAAUGCAGAAUGCAUUGGAAGUCUUCACAGGUCACAUCACCUUCAUAU